UUCAUUUGGAGCGCAGCCGCUCAUAACGGGCACCGGCACAUUGAUGAGAGAAGAGCUCUUUUACAGUCCAGCGCUCAUCCAGAGACAGAGGACAGAGGUAAGUGGACAGUCAAUCCACCGGGUUCGCCCACACACCCAGACCAGACCCAGGCGGGACAAGUGAAGCCUAUUGGACGCACAGACGCGCUCCAGCAUCACCAGCAGCGCACGGACCUGCAGACCUCGACCUGAUAGUUCACCUCAAAACGCAAAUUACCUGCAGCAGAACAUGGAGCGCAAAAUCCCUGAUUUCGCCGGACGCUGGGAGAUGAAGAGCUCUGAGAACUUCGAGGAACUCUUGAAAGCGUUGAAUGUGAAUGUGAUGCUGCGUAAGAUCGCGGUGAAGGCAGCCUCCAAGCCACAGGUGGAGAUCACACAGAAUGGAGAGACUCUGUCGAUCAUAACCUCAACCACAGUGCGCACCACCCACAUCACCUUCACCGUGGGACAGGAGUUCAACGAGUGCACUGUGGACGGACGCCCCUGCACGAGUUUGCCUCGUUGGGAAACAGACAGUAAGAUCAGCUGUGACCAGACUCUGUUGAAAGGAGAGGGGCCUAAGACAUCCUGGACCCGGGAGAUCACCAACGACGGAAAACUGAUCCUGACCAUGAGAGCUGAUGAUGUGAUUUGCACCAGAUUCUACGAGCGACCAUGAACACGAGCACUUUUCAUCCUUCCCUCUCUCCUGCAUCACCACUUGGGUCACCCGCCCCUCCGCUUUGUCGAGGUGGCGAUGGGGGAUCUAGUCUGUAGUUUAAUUCCAGUAUCUCUGUUAGCUUCACGACAUUAAGUGUGGUAAUUGUAUCUAGCGUGUCACAGAUCUAGAACAGUCUUAGCUUCUGACUUAUCCGUCUUUCCAGCUCCAUUGCACGUGUUGACCGUAUGCUUGAUUUGAUCAGUGUAUGUGUGUGUGUGUGUGUGUGUGUGUGUGUGUGUAUCAGCAGAAGAGGUGCGAGACUAUAUUUGUAGAAGUGUAAACCAAUCUAUGAGCUCUUGCAGUUCCAGGUCAGUUUCGAUGAGUCCCUCCUCUCUGCCCCUUCAGCCCUGUCCAGCAGCUCUAACCUUUUUCUCAUGAUGACAUUUUAUAUUUAUUACUACACUAGAGUCGGAUACAGUACUGCUACGGUUUUUACUUUGUGUGUCUUUUAUAUGAAAUGUGAUCAUUGGAAACUUUCUAUCGGAGAACAAUAAAGCACGAUAUUAACUCAG